AUGCAGGGAAGCAUGCGAUUGUGGUUGUCUGUGCUUACUUUAUGUUUGUCCUUGCUGAUUUGCUUGGGCACAUUUGCAGAAGCUUAUCCUUCAAAGCCAGACAAUCCUGGAGAGGACGCACCGGCAGAGGAUAUGGCCAAAUACUAUUCUGCACUGAGACAUUAUAUCAACCUCAUAACAAGACAGAGGUAUGGGAAGAGGUCAAGCCCAGAAGCAAUGCUUUCAGAUGUGUGGUGGAGAGAAAGCACAGAAAACAUCCCUCGAUCUCGGUAA